UCCUAGUUCCAUCCUUCUCAGCACCGUGAAAUGGAAUUCACAUUGGAAAUUUUUCUUGUUGCUUUUAUCUUGUUGGUGGCAUUGGCAUUUUACUAUGAACAUCCAAAGGCUGAAAUCCCUCGAGAAGUGGAUCAGCACAUAAAGCUUUACAUUCUUCAUUACGUCGUGAACUUUGCCUUUGGUCUGGGGAGGAUUUUGGAGAAACUGGGCAUCUGUAAGGAGGUUUACCUCAUCAGGACCUUCUUGAAUGGAAUACCACCUUGGAAGGAUAAUGCUAAUCUCUUCAUCGAGGACUUGAAGUUUGCAAAGGUGUCAGUGAGGGUUUACCACCCGAAAGUGCCAUCUGCUGGACGAAGGAGAGGAGUCCUUUACCUUCACGGAGGAGUUGGCCAGAUUGGAAGCAUAGGCAUGUAUGAAAGAGUAUGCCGUUUUAUUGCCAGGAGAAGCAACUCAGUGGUUGUGUGUGUUGGGUAUCGUUUGGCUCCUGAGCACCCAUAUCCAACCCAGUUCUUGGACUGUCUUACUGCCACGGUACAUUUUAUGACGACAGCAGAAGACUAUGGGGUGGAUCCCACCCGUAUUAUCAUCUGUGGAGACAGCAGUGGAGGUACACUCGCUGCUGCUGUUUGCCAAACCCUGGUGAGUAGAACAGACCUCCCAAAGGCACGAGCCCAGAUCCUGCUCUAUCCAUUUCUCCAAGCUGUGGACUUUAAUUUGCCUUCAUAUCAGCAAAAUGGUUCAGUCCCCCUCUUGUUAAAGAAACGGACCAUUACACUUGGUAUGCAGUAUCUCAAUCAGGACUUGUCACUGAUGAAAGGUAUCCUAGAAGGUUCCCAUGUGCCUGAGGAUUUGAAACUGAAGUUUAGCAAAUGGCUGAGUCCAGACAAUAUCCCCAUGGAAUUUAAGAUCAGAGGCUACAAACAAUCUGCAUCUGCUACAUAUUCAGAAGAACUUUACACUUUGGCCAAACCAGUUUUUGAGACCACCUUUUCCCCACUCUUAGCUGAAGAUGCCAUUGUUCGCCAGCUCCCAGAGACUUUCAUCUUGACCUGCGAGUACGAUGUGGUCCGGGAUGAUGGACUGUUGUACAAGAAAAGAUUGGAGGACAAUGGCAUUCCGGUGACUUGGUACCAUUUAGAGGAUGGAUUCCAUGGAGCACUAUUCCUAAUUGACUACGGGUAUAUUUCAUUUCCAUGUGGAAAGAGAGCAAUGAAAAAUGUAGUAAACUUUAUAAAAGACUUAUAACCACCACCCCUCAAAAAACAAAAAUACCCCCCUCCCCUGUUCUUCAGAUCUGGGAGUCUUGCAUUCCUUUCCCAAAGUGAUACCUCUGAGUAGCCACAGAAAUUACAGGAAACUCUCAGAUUUCAAUGAUCUUUGCUCAGCUCUGAAAUACUGGCUAUGGGGCUGCCCGCCACACCCCCCGUGGCUGCUGUUUCUGGCUGCUUGUGACAAGUGCAGCUGGAGGAGCUUAAGAUUCCCCUCCUUCUGCUACUCAGCUGGUCUUCCAGGGAGAGAUUUGUGCAGUGCUGCCCAGGGGAUGGGAGAAAACACUAGGGCUGGGAAACUGAACAGACUUGGGGCUGAAUCUGGAGGUAAUGGUGAGGGGGAUGAGUUGCGGGGGAGGGGAGGGAGAAGUGAAAUGGUGACUCCUGGGGAGUUGAUUCUGUAGCUGGCUGCAGAGAAGCCUAAAUCUGAUGGAGGCUGAAUCCAAAGCAAAUGCUGUAGGGCAUAGAGAACUGAAUACAGGGGCUGGAUCUGGGGAUGCAGGCAAAGAAAAGAUGGUGGAAGGAAAGAAGAGGAAAGGAGGGGAUCAGCUUGUGGAGAGCAGAGCAGUGCAAGUUAUAAAGCCAUAAAAUAUGAACAAUAUUUAAUCAGGAGCUAGAUGCCGUUAUGAGUUUCAAAGGUAAAUGAAACCACCUUGUGCCAGGAGGUAGGAGACAGGGUUAGUGUGUCUAAUCAGAGCAAUACUCAAAUGGUAUGCUCCUGCUCCACAGAGAUGUUGCAUAAAGUAAAGUUGUUUAGACUCAAACUUCUGUAUUAAAGAGCCACCCAUCAGGAAGAGGCUUUUACCUCGGUUUCAAAAACAGCAUUUUAAAAAUAAAUAAAUUGUUGACUUCC